GAGCAGCUUCGGAUGACGUCAUAAAGAGCGCGGGACCUUCUUAUAAAUAGCUGCAGUUUCCAGCCUCGUGUUCAGUCAGUGAGUUGAGCGUGUGAGGUUCGGAUGUGCGAUAUUUAUCUAGAACCCGAAGUGUUCUCACGUAGAACAGCGUGGAACUUCUCUCGUACGCAAGCGGAUAAAAGGACAGUCUAACAUGGCGGGAGAAGAGCUUCGUAACGCAGCAGCAGCUUCUCUAUCAGAGCCUGACGGCUCGACUUUGUCUCAGGACGUCUCCCGUUUCCUGCAGAGCCUGACUGAUCGGCAAUUACAGGUGAUGCAGGAUGGAAUGCGUCAAAUGUUCACAAGAGACGAAAUCUCUGAGAUGGUCGUGGACGUUGUGAAGAUCAUGACCACCAUAUCACGCAAAAUCAUUGUUCCACAGCUUGGAGAAGUUUUGAAUCUGGACUCUCAGACGCUUUUCCCAAGACCAGGAUCUUCACGUCAAUCUUUGCUGGCGAUCAACAAAGAUGUAGUGAAGGCCAUGCUGAAGACCAUCGGUGGCUUUCUCGAAGAAAAGGAGGAUUCUCACAUGCUCCAGCUUCUUAGCAAUGUGAUGGAUAAAGUCGAGCUCCUGCCACCCACACAUGGGUCAGUCGAGCUCCGUCAUUCGUCACUGCCUGUUGAGCAGAGGAUCAAGAAACCCAAGGAACUGACGUCCGAAGAUCAGGCACAACUUCAGGAAUGUGCCAAAGACAUGAUUCUUGAGAUCUGCUCCAUCAGUGAGUCUAAAGAACUCGAGAGGAAAAGUGAGACAGAACUGUCUUACCCUCCCAAGAUGAGCAUCACAAUUAGGGAGUUUGUCGAUUGUCUUUUAUCAGAGCUGGUAGACAUGACUAAGUCAUCUCGGAGUUCAUUGAUUAGUGACGAUAUCGGCUCUGAUCCGGCCCGUAACGUUCACAGAAUUCCCAGCCUAAUGAAACUGUCAAGGAUGGCUUUCAAGAUGGAGAACCAAACUAAAGCUUCCAUUCCUGCACAGACUCUGAGAAAUGCAUCCUCAUAUGCCAGAAUCUUCGUGGACGAGCUGUUACUCCAGCUGGAGUCGAUAACUAAGUCCGAGGAUUCUGAUGAUGACCAGGCAAAAUGUAGACAAGGUUCCCCUGAUUUGUCUCGCACAGCUGAGCUGCUUGUAGACCACAUAAUGGCUUACAUUCAAGAGGUCUCAGCUUCACCCUUUGGAGACGACAUUCCUGCCGUUCCUCUGGAUUUUCCGUGCGUCAUCCAGUGGUUCGGAAGAGACACGAUCUGA